AUGUGUUCGGAUGUUCUUUCUGCGCAGACAUUGGCGAUGAGUGACAAAAUGGAAUGUGAGAAUUUGUCUAGAAAAAGCUGGAAAUUGCGUUUCCUGGAGGAAUUGCUAACUUUAGAAAGGAAGGAAAGUCACUAUAAUGUGAUGAAAAGAGAUGAAUACGAUAAGUUAUUAGCGGAGACUGAAGAAGCUAAAGCUGCAAUAAAGAAGACGCCUUUGCAAUACCGAAGAGUUAAAAGAUUUGAUGUUUUUGAAAUCGGUGGAACGAAAAAGUUGAUUUCAAAAGACGAACCAGUCAAGUAUUAUUUGCCAGCAGAAGAAAUAUACGACGUCAUAGAAAGUGCGCAUAUAGCUGUAGGACAUGGAGGUCGAGACAGAAUGAAGAAGGAAACAUCGAGGAAAUACGCCAAUAUAACUAAUGAAAUGAUAAAUAUUUUUUUGUCAAUGUGCGAAACUUGUCAACAAAAAAGAAGCAAGCGCAAGAAAGGUUUGGUUUCUAAGCCGAUCCUUCACUCAGAAAUGAAUAGCCGUUGUCAAGUAGAUUUAAUCGACAUGCAAUCUCAGGCUGAUGAACAAUUUAAAUUUAUUAUGGUUUACCAAGACCAUUUAACGAAAUUUAUCUUACUGCGAGCGCUCCAGAGCAAAAGAGCUGAAGAAGUUGCUUUGCAACUUACUGAUAUUUUUUUGACAUUUGGAGCUCCCUGUAUUUUACACUCUGAUAAUGGUAGAGAAUUUGUCAAUUCUGUCAUAGAAGAGUUAUUUACAUAUUGGCCGGAGUUAAAAAUUGUUCACGGAAAGCCAAGACAUAGCCAAAGUCAGGGUUCAGUUGAAAGAGCCAACCAGGACAUAGAAAACAUGUUGGCUUCAUGGCUGAAAGACAACAAUACCACCAAAUGGUCGAAUGGUCUUAAAUUUGUACAAUUUAUGAAAAAUAGAGCACUUCAUUUUGGAAUCAAACAAUCACCUUAUAAAGCAAUGUUUGGAAUUAAACCAAGAGUUGGACUGACGAUAUCAUCAUUGCCAUCUGAUAUGAUUACAAAUAUCCAUGAUGAAAAUGACCUUCAGAACAUAAUCGAGCAGAUGAAUACAGAGCACGAGGAAACUGAAAUAGUUGAAGAAGUACAAGAAGAUGAAGCGGAGGCGAUGCUAACUACAAUAUCGUCAAACAUCUCCUUAGCCAGGAAGGAAGCCAAAGAAAAUUUGGAGAAACAGGCCAAAAGAAUGCAAUUGAUUUCCGAUGCAACUCAUUCUCCGGUUGAUAUAGGAGCUAAUAUCAUUAUACCCAUUCCAGAUGUUGACAGAGGAAAGGCAGACUUACGAAAUCUCAUAGGUAUCGUUCUUGAAAGAAAUGAAGAUGGAUUAUACAAAAUUGGCACAAAGGACGGAAUUCUAAAUAAAUUAUAUUGCAGAUCUGAAUUUGAUAUAUCUCCUCAAAUAUUCUUGACUCAAGAACAAGUGCCGAAACAGGAAAUUUCCUUGAGAACUGCAGCUAGAAAAGGCGCCGUUGGUACAGGACAAGGCUUUGUCUGCUGUGCUUGCACAAAAAAUUGCACUUCAAAGCGUUGCUUUUGUAUGAAAAAGGGCAAUCUUUGCAACUCUAAAUGCCAUAACAGUAUGCCUUGUAAGAAUAAGUAG